CUCCAGUCAGUUUUAACUUCUAAACGUAAACACACAGAAAACAAAAAUAAAACAAAACAAUGACAGCAGUGUUGCGUGUAUUUUUGAUUGUGCUCGUGUUUGUUUGCGGCUUAUUAGCUCAGGAUCUAGUAACAGAUUUGGCAAAGCAAUCCGAUGACGUCACCAGCAGUCCUCCGGCUAAGCGAUCCGUGGAUGCUCUAGGAAUUAUGAAGAAACGAUCGGCCGAUCCUCGACAAUUCCCAGCAAUGGUUCAUGCUUUGAAUUUGGACCAACAAUCUUACGAAAAUGCUCCGUAUAUAGCAAGAAUAGUGCAAAAGCAACCCGGAAACAUCUAUCCUGAACCACCAUUUUUGGUAGCGAAACGCCACGCCAGCCCAUCCAAAAGACAUUCAAUGCGUCUACACAAGCGAUCUCCCGCGGAAAAAUUUAAUACCCUUCUUGAUGGGCUUAAUUCGACGGUGAAUCAGAUGAAUUGAUGUUUUUAACCAGGUGGCAUGGACUAUUGGAUGUAAAACUUUUCAAUUCUUCAAUAUUGAUCGGCACAAUAGAACGUUUGAUAGACGUGAUUUUCUCAAUGACCAUUGAGAAUAUUGUAGACUUAAUUUUUGUCAAGAGAAAAUUUAGAUAAGAGUAAAAUACAGCGUAACGUUUGGUCGUGAAUAUAAUUUUUUUUUCACCUCAUUUUCAUUCUUUGGAAAAUUUCGAUUGAGUAUAAAUAAACAUUAUUA